UCGAUCGCGGCCGUUGUACUCAUCUGGUACUACAUGGGUUGGGAGUUUGGAUUGCCGGCGCUGCUGAUCACCUUGGCCGCGGUGUUCAUCGCCAGCGGCUGGUGGAGAUGGUGGUACAUCGCGUUUGUGACGGCGCCCCGCGAUAUCAAAGCUCUUACGAGGUACAUCAAGCUGCUGGGACUGGUACGGAGGCACGCGAAGAACAACGCUACGAUCGGAGACAUCUUUGCGGAGUUCGUGUCGAAGCAGCCGGAAAAGGCAUGUCUCAUAUUCGAAGGACGCACCUGGACGUUCCGUGAGGUAAAUGACUAUUCGAAUCGAUUGGCCAACGUGUUCCAUUCGCACGGCUACAAGCAUGGCGAUGUGGUGGGUUUGCUGCAGGAGAACCGGCCCGAAUUCGUUGCCACCUGGUUGGGGCUGUCGAAGUUGGGCGUGAUCGUGCCACUGAUCAACCACAAUCUGCGCAAGAAUGCGCUCAUGCACAGUGUGACGGUAGCCAACUGUAACGCACUGAUCUACGGUGAAGCGUUGGCAGAUGCGGUGGCAGAAAUUGCCGACACGCUGCCGUCGGCGGUUGCGCUGUAUCAGGUUAACGAGGAGGUCCAGAAACCGGUGCUCGCCAAUGCCAAGGACCUGACGACGUUGAUGCAGUCCGCAUCGAAGGAGCUGCCGGUGAACGGGGUGAAGAAACCGAGCCAUCACGAUAAGCUGAUCUACAUCUACACCUCCGGUACGACCGGACUACCGAAGGCGGCCGUCAUCACGCAUUCCAGGUACAUCUUUAUUGCUGCUGCAAUCUCUGUGGUAGCUGGAUUCCGUGCGGACGAUACAUUCUACACUCCGUUGCCACUGUACCACACUGCCGGUGGAAUGAUGAGCAUUGGGCAGGCACUGCUGUUCGGUGCGACGGUGGUAACCCGAAAGAAGUUUUCCGCUUCACAAUUCUUUACGGACUGUCAGAAGUAUAACUGCACGAUUGCCCAAUACAUUGGCGAAAUGUGUCGUUACAUCUUGGCCACGCCUGCAUCGCCAGCUGAUAAGGCACACAAAGUGCGGCUGAUAUUCGGCAAUGGGUUGCGUCCCCAAAUUUGGCCCCAGUUUGUGGACCGCUUCAACAUUCCGCGUGUGGCAGAAUUUUACGGCGCUACGGAAGGAAAUGCCAACAUCGUAAACAUUGACAACACGGUGGGAGCGAUCGGGUUCGUAUCGCGCAUCAUACCGGUGGUGUAUCCGAUAUCGAUCAUUCGCGCCGAUCCGGCUACGGGUUACAGUGAACCAUUGCGCGGCAAGGACGGUCUCUGCCAGCUGUGCAAACCGAACGAACCGGGACUGUUUAUUGGCAAGAUCAUACCGAACAACCCGUCCCGAGCAUUCCUCGGGUACGUCGACAAGGGUGCGACCGAGAAGAAGAUCGUGCGCGAUAUCUUCCGCAAGGGCGAUGCGGCCUUCCUGUCCGGCGAUUUGCUGGUAGCGGACGAACGGGGCAGUCUGUUCUUCAAGGACCGUACCGGUGACACGUACCGCUGGAAGGGUGAAAACGUGUCGACGAGCGAGGUGGAGGCGGAGGUUAGCAAUGCCUGCGGAUAUCGGGACACGGUGGUGUACGGUGUGGAGGUACCGAAUCUGGAGGGCCGUGCCGGAAUGGCGGCAAUUCUGGAUCCCGAGCGGCAGGUCGAUUUGGAGCAGUUGGCGCGAACGUUGAAGGAUACGCUGCCAUCGUACGCUCGGCCACAGUUUGUGCGCUUACUGUCGAAGGUGGACAUGACCGGUACGUUUAAGCUGAAAAAGUUAGAUCUCCAGUUGGAAGGGUUCGAUCCGAACGGUAUCGAAGACUCGGUGUACUACCUAACGCCCAAGGGCCAGUACGACCUACUGACGCCGGAAAUCUACGAACAGAUUAAGCGGGGCGAGGUGCGACUAUAGGGUGCGACACGCGUUGUUUGCUUUGUUAAUUUACAAUUUGUAUAUUGAAGGCUGUUUUUUCCCCCGCUUAGAACAACUGUGACAUUUUUUUCCCAUUACAAGUUAACAGACUCGUACAGCAGCGUGACAAGACAAGAAGCUAAUGGCGGAAUAGGAACUAAAGAGAGCGACAGAGUCAAUUUAAGCGGAGUUGAUGCGCGGUACUAUUUCUGAUAGAUCUAUUUCUUAACGUGGUGACUGAAUAUGAGAAGAUUUUAAAGGAUUUAGUUAUACUACUACGAGGGACUACCUGAGGGCGUAAUGAUACAAGACAUAAACACUAGCUGUAAUACGUGAGACUACAAUGACGGUAACAAUAAAUACAGUAUCUACUGAGCAAGGAUUUUGUAAUUGUUUUGGAAGAAAAAAAAAAUAAAACAACGUUAACAU